AUGUCAGUGUCAGAAACCUUUCAUGGCUAUAUUGAAACGACUCAGGAUUCGCUCUUGGUGUUUGAAGCCUGCAGAAGAAACAUCCUGCCCAAAAUCUCUAGACGCUUGCAGGAGAGAGAGCGAAAAAUGGUUCGCUCAGGUUCCGUGUUUGUCUUUGAUGAGAAGGAUUCCGGCAUUAAGCGAUGGACAGAUGGCUUGGUGUGGAGUCCUUCUCGCAUCUUGGGCAACUUUUUAAUAUAUCGUGAAUUGGACAAGAAGCCAUCAGCAUCGCAAAAGCAGCAGGUAAGGAAGAGAUCUACCAGCAGCACAAGUACACUGAGCGAUGCAACUAUCGCUGCGUCGUCAAAGAUACGUCAAUCAACGACUGAUGGCAAUCAUCAUCAUCAUCAUCAUCAUCAUCAUCGCACAAACCGACAAUUAGUGGGCAGUCUUUCAGAGGCAUACAACUUUAAAGAACAUGGCUUGAUUAAAAAGACAAUGUCGUUGGUAGUCAAUGGGGCUCCACUUCAUCUCGUCUCGUAUUAUCAUCCCAACGAUGUGUUGGAGCAUCAGCUUCGUACUCCUUCGGUGGUUCCAGAAUUGGCCAAUUUAGAGAUCUCUCCUGAACUGUUGUCGAAGCAAAACUUUAGAAUACCACCCAUGAUUGAACCUGAUACAACACCAUCAUCCAACGUGCCUACGCCAACGCAAUCGACUCCCAAUACCCCCAUACCCAGCUAUCCUUCAGCAGCCUCUAUGUCAACACCGUUAAAGAACACUAGCAUUCACGCUCUGCUCUCAAACAGCUACCUUCCCUCUCGACAGCUUGCCGAGUAUCAUUGCAGCAUUAACAUGCCUGCUACUCCUCCUAUUGGCACUACGUCCAAUAGCGAUCCACAGCAACAUCCAUUGGAACAGCAAUCCUUCUAUAUACAAUAA